AUGUGGCUCUAUCGGGGCGCCCAGUCCGCCGUCUUCUACUAUGCCACUUGCACCCCUUGUGCCGAAAAUAUCGAUCGUCGGAAGCGUAGAAAGGAUGCUGCCCGAGCACAAAGAGAGAAGGAGAGAGAGAAGUUCGAGGAAAUUGUCACCGAUCAACCCCGUCCGUUCCCGCAACCAACACCCUUCAGCACCAAUGUAGGCUGGCGAGAGGAAAUCGCCUUGGGCCCCGGCCCCCCAGCCCGCCGGGGCGGUCGCAACUUCCACCGAACCGACAGCUGGACCACCGACCAGAGCUCGCAGUUGAAGAAGGACAAGAGUGGUGGCUUAAUGCAUCCGCUCGGCGAGAAGUGGAAGUCCAUGCGCUACCAACGUGAAGAUGAGCCGCUAUGGGGACAACAAGAAGUGCGCGGGUCGUCUAUUGGAUUCUCAGGCCGUGGCCGCGCAGACCCGAACGAAGCAUCGAAAUACUACAUCCCUCGCAUACCGCCCGUGAACGACCUUCACCCGCCCAUUGUCAGUGGACCCUGCAGUCGCGCCGACACCAGAUGGAUGCUUCAACCUCCACCCAGUGCCAGAGUGAUGUCCGGCAAGGAAGACGUCCGCAAGCCGGCCCGUGAUAGCGUCGGUGGGUCCGGCAACGAGUAUCUUUCCCGGGUCACCAAGAACACGGUCAGGGGUAAUGAACAUGAACCGAGCGAGACAGCAGACGGAGCCGCGGAUGAAACGAACAUGAAACAUCUUCCUCGUCGGCCAUCCUUGACUCGACUCCGAACCUCAAAUGAGGACUUCAACCCGACAUUACACUCUCGAACCGACUCCAUGUUCUCCGACACCAACACCGACGACCUAUCUCCAAGUCUAUGGCAACACCCCGAAACUCCGCGGUCACGUCCGCAAUCCAAGGAUACAGGCGAUGACAAGGUCUAUCGCCCACAAAUCUCCAAAACUCUCUCCACAAUGCAAAGAGACAACAAGAAGGUCCACAUGCUGCAUCUAGAAAUCAACGACGAAUAUCGUGAUGAUCUCGAAGUGGGCCAGUUCCAGCCCAUUCGCCCAUGGCGCUGGAGCAUGGAUAUCUAA